UACUUUGAAGUGAAACGGAGGUUUAUCGGAUACCAAGUGUAAAGCCACCCAGCCAGCCGCGCCGCCAAAUCAAAAGAAGAAAAGAAAAAUUGUUGAAAAAUAAAAUCAACCAACCAAUUUAUAAGCAAAAGCCAACCAAUCACAAAUAUUCUAUCAAUCUUUCAUUUCUUGUGUAUUGUGUCGUUGUCGUCGGUAUUACGCUACAUACAUAUGUAUGCCUGAGUGUUGGUAGUAGUAGUAGUAGUUGUGCGGUGUAAUUGUAACACAGAGUAUCUGUCUGUCUGUCUGUUUUUCGGUCGGUCGGUUCUUCAGCUUGUGCAUGCAAUAGCAACAAUCCCCAAAACAAAAGCAACAACAAACGCAAUUCAGCAGAAAACGAAGUGACAACAAAACAAAAAUCAACCACCAUUUCAGCGAAAUAAAAAAAAAUAAAGAAAGAUAUCAAACACACACAAAAAAAAGUAAGAAGGCAAGAAAACAAAAAAUUACAAAAGCGGAAAGAAAAGAAAAAUUGUCAAAGGUAAUUCCUAUAAGUUAUUGUUGUCGCGCUUGCAAAAGAAACCAGAAUCUAACGGGAAAAUUAUUCAUUUGUGUGGUGUGUAAUCCAAUCGGAAAGUUUCGAAAAAGUCCAAUAUAGGCAAUGCCAUACGACGACAACCAACAGCAAAAGUGACCAAGUAAAUUUUUUUCUAGCGAGACUUGUUGGAGAAUUUCCGUUUUCCUUGCAAAAUAAACGACAUACAACAAGAAGAAGCAGCAGCAGCAGCAGAAGUAGUAGAGAAAAAAAGCGCGUUAACAGCUGAUUCAAUUCCAAUAAAAAGAAAAGGGAAAACAAACAGUGAGCAUAGAACAACAGCACUCCCACUCCAAUUGGAAGAAUAUUCAAUACACUAAACCACAACAACAACAACAAUAACAAUUAAAACCGUAAAUAAUUACCAAAACAUACAGGAAAUUACACACAGCCACACACACACACGAGCAUAGACAACAUUAUCAGAAAGCAAAGAAAGACAUAAAGCAAGUGAGAGCAAAAAGACACACACAAAGUAAAAAAAAGAAGCAAAACACAACAACAAUAACAGAACAUAACAACCCAGCCAGCAAACAAACAAAAAGUAAACUCAACAGCUACACCACCCCCCUGUAGUCUGCACACAGAGAGAAAACAAACAAACCAAAUCAAUCCAGAAGCUCAGCCUAAAUCUUCAACAAAGCCUGUGUGCAUCGAUUCGGUUAAUCGGUUCGCGAAAUCUCUAUUAAAUCAAUUCUCCUGGUAACGGGCAACCAACCUCGCGCGAAUUUCGUUAUCUCGCUCGUCCCAUAGACGCGCGUACUCACCAACAUCCAUAUCCAAAUUCACACAUAGACACCGGUCAGCCGCCGUCUAGUGUGUGAAAGCGCAGCGCAGCAGCCGCAAACAUUUCCCAAGAGUCGCAUUUUUUAACCGACAAACUGUUCAACACAGCCGUCAAAAUAAUUCACCAACCCAGCGACCCGAAUAUCCCCAAGGCUAUAAUGCCAUAUAACGGCUCAACUAAUGGCAGUGCCGGCGGUGGAGGGGGCGUUCUGGUGGUCAGCGAUGGGCCGCAAAAUAAAAAGAUACGCACCGGUGUCCAGCAAGCAGGUGAUGGCGAUGUUCACAUGAUUGCAAGGACCACCGCUCAAAGUCAACAACAGCCAUUGAUGAAUAAGUCCAAUGAUGACCUACGAAGAAAACGCCCCGAAUCCACAAGGCCAAAUCACAUUUUGCUCUUUACCAUCAUAAAUCCAUUCUAUCCCAUCACAGUUGACGUUUUGCAUAAAAUAUGUGUCCCACAUGGCCAAGUAAUGCGCAUUGUCAUAUUCAAAAAGAAUGGUGUACAGGCCAUGGUGGAAUUCGAUAAUUUAGAAGCUGCCACCAGAGCCAGGGAAAACUUGAAUGGAGCUGAUAUAUAUUCGGGAUGCUGCACCUUGAAAAUUGAUUUUGCCAAGCCGGAAAAGUUGAAUGUCUACAAAAAUGAACCAGAAACCAGCUGGGAUUAUACUCUCGCCACGGCAGUUAAAGAAAUUACCAAUGGACGUUCACCUUUGCUUCAGGAGCCACUCUAUGGAACACGCGCUCAGCAAUACAUUAGCCUAAUAUCGACUCCGUCAAAUUUUUGUCCCUUUAAAGAACAACCAUUGUUGGGACCAGGUGCCGCCUUCCCAUCAUUUGCCGGACCAGAAUUCCAUCCCACCACACCAGAAAAUUGGAAAGGCGCCAGUGUACAUCCCACAGCAUUGAUGAAGGAAACCGCUGCAAUACCCGGCCGCAACACAGCCGUAGCAGCAUUUACCGCCCAAGGACAAGCACAGCAGGGAGCUGUCAUGAUGGUUUAUGGCUUGGAUCAGGAUACAUCGAACACAGAUAAACUUUUCAAUUUGGUGUGCUUGUAUGGAAACGUUGCCAGGAUCAAAUUCUUAAAGACCAAAGAGGGUACAGCUAUGGUGCAAAUGGGCGAUUCAGUGGCUGUCGAACGCUGCGUUCAACAUCUGAAUAACAUUCCCGUUGGCACAAAGGGCAAAAUUCAAAUAGCCUUCUCCAAACAGAACUUUUUAUCCGAAGUCAUAAAUCCCUUCCUGUUGGCCGAUCAUACACCCAGCUUCAAAGAAUACACCGGUUCAAAGAACAAUCGUUUCCUAUCGCCAGCACAGGCAAGCAAAAAUCGUAUACAACCACCGAGCAAGAUCUUACAUUUCUUCAACACACCACCCGGCCUCACCGAGGAUCAAUUGAUUGGCAUUUUCAAUAUCAAAGAGGUUCCUGCUACAUCUGUCAGGCUAUUCCCCUUGAAGACCGAACGUUCCUCAUCGGGUCUGAUUGAAUUCCCCAAUAUUGCCCAAGCAGUUUUGGCCAUCAUGAAGUGCAAUCAUCUGCCAAUUGAAGGCAAAGGUACCAAAUUUCCAUUUAUUAUGAAGCUCUGUUUCUCAUCAUCAAAGAGCAUGAAUGGUGCCUGGAAUAAUGCAGCAAAUGAGGGCAUGAUUGAAAAGGAGAAUGAUGCCGAGCUAAAACAGGAAGUGUAUAACUGAGAUGAAGCCGUAAUGAUGGCAACAUCAUUACAACAUUAAGCGAAUACAAAACAAAAUAUAAAAGUAAAUAGUAACUUUAAUAGAAGCAGCAAACGAUGAAGAUGAAGAAAGAGCAGAUGUUAAAGAAGAAGCCAACAAACAGCUGGCCUACACACAAACACAUACGCAAGCAAAAUUCAAAGGAAUAUAAAGGAUUUUGUUUUGGAUUUUUGGGCAACAACCAAAUGGGUGUAGAUGUGCGUAGCAAUUCGUAUAUGUAUAUAUGUGUAUGUGUGUAAGCUAAACAAAUUGAAUAAUUAUUGGUUUGUUUAUACAUUUGUUUGCGAAUGUCAUAUAAGAAAGAAGCAACAGCAGCAGAAGCAUGGCAACUCUAUGUAGAAGAUUUAGAUGUGAUUAGUAAUGAUUUUUUUUAUUUAAAUUCGAAUAGAAUGUAAAGGCUUUCUUAAAGGAAACUUCUGAAACAAAAUGAUAAAAAAAGAAGAAAUAAUCUUUUUUUUUUUGUAAUUUAUAAAUAAUUUAAUUAUUUUUUGUUGUUAUUUUUAUAAUUAUAAAAGCUAUAUAAUAAUUUGUUGUAUCUUUAAAAAACUCAUUUUAUCUAAUUUCUUUAUUAGUUCUAGAAAGCUACAAGCAAACAAAGCCAGAGAUGGAAUUUGGAAAAAACUCUCUUCUUAUUGUUUAAAAUCUAGGGAGAGCUUUGUGUUAAACCAGGGUUGUUCACCACUGUUUGAAACCAAUUCUGGCAGACUGUGUUGAAACCAGGGGUGGCUAGCCAAAUGAAUUGAUAACCAGGGUUGUUCACCACUGUUUGAAACCAUCUCUGGCAGACUGAGUUUAAACCAGGGGUGUACAGAAUUGCUAAACAGGGCUGUUCACCAAUGUUUUAAAACAUCUCUGGCUUUUAUUUUUUGCUUUAGUUAUAUUUUAAAAAUAUGUCAACUAAAUUAAAUCAAUUUAUUGUUUGAUUCUCUCA